AAUUAUGAAGUAGAUCAGUAAUUGAGAGAAGCGUAAGCAGCGAGCAGCGAAUAUGGUGUAGAAUAGGUCGUUGUGAAGUUACUAAAAAUUCGUUUGUAGUAAAAAUUAGAGCAAUUGAUGAAACAUCGUUACACGAUAACUUUUUAAAAGUUUUAAAAUAAAAGUAUGCAUAUAAAAUAUAUUGAUAAUAACGAACUAAUGAACAGAUAUGAGCGCAAAGUGAAAGAAAGUAGUAAGAGAACGUGAAAAAUCGAAGUGAAAAAGUGAGUGGGGGCAGCAGCCUCAGCAGCAGCGACGGCAGAAGCAGCGGUAGUCAAUUGAAAAGGUGAGCACGCCAAAGUAAGAUUUACCAAAAUGUGGUAAUAAUGGUGUCAAGCCGUGAUAUAUUAUCGUUGAGAUAGUACAAAAAACGAGGAACUUUUACAACAUGAUCUGAAAUGUGCCGAUGGCGUCCAACGGUUGGUACGCCAAUUGGAGAUUUCUUCCUCAUCAAGAUAAACUGAACCGAAGGCUAAAAGACUAUCUAAAACAUAAUAGUGUGAAUAAGAGGAUAGGCUGCGUGUGGCGUAUAUGAACCAUAUUAUUAUUUGGUCAGUAAGACAACUGCUGAUCAACUGGGCGCUGUAACUAAAGUGUUCUUGGUGGUAAUUAAUAAUUAUUAUCUAGUUUGCCAUCCACUGCGAUGGCAGUGAAAGUGCAAUUCGAGAUCGGUCAUACGGCGAGGCUGCGCAGCAAAAAAACGUCCGAAGGCUUUACACAUGACUGGGAAUUGUACGUGCGUGGUGUUAAGGAGGCAGAUAUCAGCACCUACGUUGACAAGGUCGUUUUUAAUUUACACGACUCUUUUCCAAAGCCAAAGAGGGUUUGCAACAAGCCACCAUACGUGAUAACAGAGUCAGGUUACGCUGGAUUUUUGCUCCCGAUCGAUAUUUAUUUUCGCAAUCGCGAUGAGCCAAAGCGUAUACAAUUCACUUACGACUUAGAUUUGCAACAGACAGGUCCGCCACAUCAUCGCUUUGAAGUGCAAAAAUUUGUAUUUGAUCAUGUUUCGGAUGAAUUUCGUCAAAAGUUGUUGAAAGGUGGUGGCAUACCAGUGACUGGUGCAGGAAUGGUUGGAGGAGCCACCGUUACAUCCACUAAUAACACCCCGAAUGCCGCUAUUAGUGACGAAGGCGGUGGUAUGGUUAGCAAGCCGAAGCUGAGUAGCGGAGAAUCAAUUGGUGGCAGUAGCGGUAAAAAACACAAAACUCGUAUAGAUGACUCGAAGAGUAAUUCAUUUGCCAAUCUAUUUGGAGCACCAAUUAAAAGCGGGUCAAGUAAACAUUCGCCUGAUGGAAAAAAUAAUAGUUUGAAUACUGUUGGCGGAAAGGGAGCUCCGAGUACUAGCAACGCAAGCGGUAGCGGUGCUGGAACUGGAGGUGCAGCUACACCCAACUCCGGAAAUAUCAACUCAAACAACUCCAUUGCAAAAGAAAAAUCUAGUAAAGAUCGAGAAAAAACGAACUCUUCAACGUUGGCUAGUAGUAGCAACGAAAAGAGUAGAGAGAAAUCUGAUAAGAAAGAAAAGCACAAGUCCUCAUCCAGUCCUAAUAAGGAAUCACGUAGUGAAAAUAAGAAAUCCUCUGGAGAUAGUAGCAAACAUGAAAAACGUGAGGAGUCCAAAUCAAAAAAGGAUAAAUCACGCGACAAAGAGCGGGAGCGUAGUCGAGAGAAAGGUUCAAGCGGUGGCACCAAACGCUCUCUAAGUCCAAAAUCGAAUGUCCGGGAUGCUGGCGCGCCGAGCCCAAAGCGGCCAACACCGCCGCGAUCUUCUUCAUCCGCAAGCGGACGUGUAGAGGAUAUUAAAUCAGCUGGUAGUAGUAGCAAAAUUGAGGGGAAAGAAUCGAAGUCACGCGAAGAAAAGUCCACUUCAAGUGGUAAAAAGUCGAAGAAAGAAAAGAAGGACAAAGACAAGGAUAAGGAACGCGAUAAAGAGCGACGUGAUGAACAUAAAGAAAAACAUCGUAGUGGCGAUGGUAAGUCAAGGGAUCCAAAAGAGGAACGCCACGGAAAUAUAAUAAAUAGCAGCAGUAAUACUGUGACGACGGCUACAACACCUAGUGGAAACAUUGUUACGAAUGAAGCGAAAGAUAACAAAGGUCAACAAUCACCAGCAAACUUUAGCAUUAAAAAACCAGAUAAAGAUGCGAAAGAGAAAACAGAAGCUGUUAAAGGGAAGAACAAUGAUAAAAAUAUAGACAAAAUAUCGACAAAUCCAACAACUACACAAGUAGGUGGUACGAAUGCCACAUCUACCAGUGGCGAUAAGAAACUACCAACUAGCUCAAAUAAUCAGAGCGAAAAAUUAGAAAAGGAAAAGGACAAAGAUAAAGAAAAAGAAAAGGAUAAGGAAAAGAGGUCUCAUAAACAUAAGAAAAAGGAUAAGAACAAAGAUAAAGAUAAAGAACGUGAAAAAGAGCGUGAUAAGGAGAGACACAAAGAAAGAGAAAAGGAAAAAGAGAAAGAACGCGAUAAAGAGCGAUCUGAAGAAAAGUUGCGUUCCGAAAAGCACACAGAAACUAAUUCAAACGGGAAUGCAUCCUCAAUGGGAGCCGCAUCCACAGCUAUAUCCGGAUCCAAAGCAUCGUCUCUGCUUGUAGAGACGACAGUUCCACAAAAUGAAACCUCUAAGCCUGAACCGAAUAGUGUAACCUCGUUGUCGAACUCAACGAGCAACUCUACUAAUUCCAAUAACCUAAACAACAACGCCAAUGGUUCUGCUCCUAUCGCGCCAGUUAAGAAGUCACAAAAUAGAGAUAGGAAAAACAAAGAUAAAUCAUCUAAAGAAGAGAAACGAAAUUCAGGUGAAUUGGGUGAAUUAGAAUCGCGAAGCAGUAGUAAGCAUGGUAACAAAAGCGCUGGAACCAUUAUACCAGCAAACACCAACACUACAGUGACUGUUUCAAAUACUACUGGAAAUAACAGUAGCAAAACCGUUGAUGCAAGUGACACUGGCAAAGUGCCCUUACCAGAGGACGCUGCUUUAUUGGCGGCAACAUCGGACACAAAUCCAGCAGCUGUGACAUCAACUGACAUCGCACCGGUCGUUAUGCAUUCAGACAGCUCGAACAGCAGUUUUCCGGACUUAACGCCGAAGCCACCUGCGCCUAGCAAACUAACAUCGCAAAGUACAAAAUCGGAAACAACACCAACAGAAAAGCCAGACAAGACUACAAGUAUUAUCACCAAAGAACACAAACAGCGCAGUGGCGAACGUAAUGCAAAAACGAAAGAUAUUAGUGAUAAGACCGAAAAAGCUGAUAAAAAGGUGGAAAAGGAAGAAAAGAAGCGUCGGCGAAGCUCCGUUGCAGCGAGCACCGUUUCUGCUAACUCAUUCUUAGAACCUCCGCUCAAACAAGCUAAAAAGGAGUCUAAUAAGACGGCCCGCGAACAAACGAAGUCUCCCGCAUUGCGUCAAAGUCGAGCUGCUAGUAUAAGUGGUCCCAUCGGAAUCAAUAAUGGCAACGACAAUGGCAGUAACAGCUCCAAUGCCACUACACAAAACAGUAAUUCUAACACUACGGACGCAUUAAAUAGUGGUGGCGCCUUUUUGCCACCACCCAACAAUACAACCGGAACUAGUGUAACUAGCUCUCCAUCUACUUUAGCUAUUACCAGCAAUACCAACGCAAAUUUAAAUGCUAAUAGUAUUGUAAGUGCAUCGACGACAGGUGCAGCGGCGGCAGCGUCGCUUGCGCCACCUCAUCCGUUACGACCAGCAUCACCGGCAGGGCCAGUAGGUGCGAUGGCCGCAGAGGCAGCAGGCGCUAACAAUGGUUCAACGCCGACACCGGCAUUGCCAACUGAAUAUCUGAGUGAACUACAGGAAUUACAUCAUAAAAUAAUGACGUUACAGGACAAUGAGGAGUUGCAGCAAGUAGUCGAGAUGAUCGCUGCCACGGGCUGUUAUGAGAUUACCGCCAAAACUUUCGAUUUCGAUCUAUGUAAGCUUGACCGUAGCACUGUGCAGCGUUUGCAAGAAUUCUUUGCAACGUCUGUGUCGUGACACAAGAUACACGCCUAAGGUGGAGAAGUGCCUCGCAGCAUUAACUGCUGAAUAAUAGCGGAAGUGGCAGAUCUACUUUACUGGUACUAGACCAGCUCGAUAGUCUACCAUUCAAGCCACCAACUAACCAGCUACAAUUAAAGAAACAUAAAAUAUUCAGAUAUCGAAACUACACUUAGAGGCAAGUUGCGGUGCGUUCAUGAAAGUGGGAAUAAUAAAUUGCAGCGCUAUAGGGAAAUACCGCAGUUAUUUUUAGCAAUAAUUUAUAAGAAAUCCAUGUAAACUAGUGUUGUGCGCGUUCAAAAAAUAUACAUAUAAUCCGCAAUAGAACCAAGGAGAUCUUCGAUUUUCAUCCAAAAUGGUUUGGGCACACAAUAUAAUAUGAAGACAUGAUUAUAAAAUGUGUUUACGUGUGGAAUGUAUUAGAUACCAUCAAUAUAUGUAUAUAUUAUACAUUAAAGCUAAAUGAAGCUCACUGACCAUUACAUUUUACAUUAUUAUCAAUCGAACUAUUGAUUUGUAUAAAAAACUAUUUGGUUUAGAUUAUUGUUGUUUUUCUGUCGAAUUAGUCAUAAACGCGAGCAUAUACAUAGGUACAUAACACAUGCCGUGUACAGAAAUAUACGUUUAAUCAUCUCUUUAAUGCAAUAUUAAUAUGUACAUAUGUUUAGCCACUUGUAAAUCAGCGAAAGAUACAAGACAUUUUAAAUCGACGCAGCAUUGUUUUUUUUUAUAACUUUGAUUAAGUUUCUUAAUUUAACAAAAAACACUGUCUACAAAAGCGAGUCACCUGUAUAUAAACUUUUUACAUACAUACACGUUGCACUUUAAUAGAUACAAGUAACGCGAGCGAACUGUUAUAUUAAAUAGUUUUUAAUUUAGUUUAGUGAUUUUUGCAUAGAAUAUUAUAGUUAUAAUUUUUCACAAUUUCAUAUAUUCUGUAGUAACUGCUAUGGAGAAAUUAUUAACAUGACAAAUUAUUUAGUUAUCCAUUAUACUGUAUAAAAAUUUCGCAAUAAUAUUAAUAAUACCCUUUGUUCAUUAUUCAUAUAACUCUAAUCAAUAUAAAAAAUGCUGUAUCAGCUAAAAUGUUUGUAUAACAAUGGAGAAAAUAUAAAUAAACAUAGAAGCAACAAAAAAAUAUAUACAAAUGCAUAAAUACUGAUUCUUAAAGAUAUUCUCUUAAUGAAUUUGCUUAAGUAAAUUGCUGCACAUAUACAUAUAUUAACAUACGUAUGCACUUGAAAUCAAAUUUUUAUAGAGAAUUCUAAAUGCAAGAGAAGUGGGCAAAAUAUGAUAUCAAAUGUACUCAUAUAGUACACCUGUAGCUAUUCGAUAAUUCACAACUUCGAUUCCUUUCGGUUUGUUUGAUUACGCACACAAGCUUACCGGAAACGAUCAACUAUUUUGUAUUUAACGGAAUUCAAAUUGGAAAUAAUGCUAUGUAUAAGAAGACAGGAUAGGCAUUUACACAAAAAUAAUUGUGUUGGAAACGUAAUUGUUGCUUAAUUGUAGUUUUCGUUAUACAAUAUUCAAAAAUAAAUUGUUGAUCCAUAUUUUGUUCGCUUAUAUUUUCUCGUUAUACUUUGCUAAUAAGCCAUAAUAAUGUUAUGUUCGAUUUCAUUUUCAAAAAAAAAAAAAAAUUGUAUAACUACAGGGUUAUGAUACAUUUUAUUUUAUUCAUUCUAAAAUUUCUGUUAAAUACAAAGUUACUUUUUGGGAGAAGAAAGUGUGCAGCAAUGGAGUGAACAGAAUCAAUAAAACCAAAGAAAAACAGAAACGGAAUUAACGUCAAUAAAAAGUACAUAAUUUCAUUAAUUCUAGUUUAAUGGUUAUGACUAAUAAGAAAGUUUGUUCAAUUCAGAGAGCUCAAAUGUAUUAAAAUAAGUCUACAUUUUCAUAAUACAAAAAUAAUUUAAUUUUUUAUUUACUCAUCAAUAUUGUAAUAUGCUGUUGUGUCCGGAAAGUAAAACUAAUAAUCGUAUUUUUCAAAAUUAUAUAUUUCAUUUGAAAAUAGCUAACAAAGAAAAAAGUAAAAUAGCAUAAUUAAAACAAUAUAUAUUAUAUAUAAAUAUUAAAGCUAAACUUAAACUAUGUAAAUAUUAUUCAACAGUCAAAAACCAAGCGACCAAGCGUUUAUUUGUUUCAUUGGAAAUUUUCAUGUUUUAUACAAAAAUGCUUGCCUACAAACAAGUGUAAGUACACGUAUACAUACAUACAUGAAUAUUUCGCAUGAAUGUAGUAUACAAUAUAUAUGUAUGUACAUGCAUAUAAAACAGAAAAUAGGAUGAAGGCGAAUUACAGAAAUAAAUUAAUAGAAUAUAGUCUUAUAAGAACAGAAAAUUGUCAAACAAUAUGUAAAACUAAUAUAUAAUAAAUAAACGUGUUAAUAAAACAUACCGAAUUUACUAGAUAUUUUCAAACAUACACACAUACAGCAUUAUAAUAUACAUAUGACGAAAUAGUUUGUUUUCGAUUAAUUUUUAUUUGAAAAGUUUCACCUUGUUUCUGUUAUGUUAAUAUUUAAAUAUAUGCGUAAAUGUAAUUGUAAUACUUAAAUUGUAUAGCGGUUGCUACGCCCACGCGCAGACUCUUAUGUAUCUUUUGGUUUGAAAUAAAAAAUAUGUAAAAUUA